GGAAGUGACGAGCUGUCACCUGAGUCAAAACAACAAACACGAUCCAGAGCACCGAGGAGAGCACCGAGGAGAGCUCCGUGACAGGUCCGCCCAAGAGAGCGCGGAGAGCGGCCAGGAGAGCGCACACAGUCCCGCAGAGUGCGCCCUUUAAGCGGCGGGCCUCAGAGUUUGUACCCGCCUGGCGCAGCUCUGAGGGCGGCCUGGACAGUGAGCGCUUUGCCCUGGAGUGUGCAUCCGCCCGACCAAGCUCUGUUGACGGCCUUUAGACCAGCGGUGGGUCCCAGGGUUUGUACCCGCCUAACGGAGCUGGGUGGGCGCCCUGAGCGGGAGCAGGAUGUGGGUCGAGCCGGAGGAGGUAGGGCUGGCCGCGCCGCUGUGGGUCUCGGAGCGGGCCAACCCCUUCUUCAUCCUGCAGCGGAGGAAAGGCCACGGCCGCGGCGGGGGUCUGUCCGGUCUCCUUGUGGGGACUCUGGAUGUGGUGCUGGACUCGUCGGCUCGUGUGGCUCCCUACAGAAUCCUGCUGCAGGCCGGAGACUCCCAGGUCUACUGGAUCAUCGCCUGUGGCUCAUCACGUAGAGAGAUUACAGAGCACUGGGACUGGCUGGAGUCCAACCUGCUCCAGACCAUCUCCAUCUUUGAGAAUGAUGAAGACAUCACCACCUUCGUCAGAGGCAAGAUCUGUGGUCUGAUAGCAGAGGAGCAGAGAUCCCUCCUGUCUGAAGCCGACCAGGACCCAGUGAAGUUCCAGGAGGCUCAGUUGAAGAUGCGGAGGCUCUUCUCCAUGCCAGAGGAGGAGAAGCUGGUCAACUACUACUCGUGCAGCUACUGGAAGGGCAGAGUCCCACGCCAGGGCUGGCUUUACCUAUGUGUCAACCACCUGUGCUUCUACUCACUCAUCCUGGGCAAGGAGGUGGUGCUGGUGGUGCCCUGGACAGAGGUGACCCAGUUGGAGAAGAACAGCACCCUCCUGUUCCCCGAGAGCAUCCGGGUCUGCACGCGCUCAGAACACUACUUCUUCUCCAUGUUCCUCAACAUCUUCGACACCUUUAAGCUCAUGGAGCAGCUCGCCAACAUGGCCAUGAGCACGCUUCUAGACCAGGACCGAGCCCGCACCCACCCGGACCCCUCCAGACCCGAGAGAGACCUGUCCAAGUCCGGCUCAACACGCAAAACUGCUCCACAGAUCAAGAGGGACCUGGAUGCCCGGGCGAAGAACCAGCAGUACCGCUCGUGGUUCCGUUUGACGGAGGAAGAGCGGCUGGAUGGGCACACAGACUGUACCCUGUGGGCCCCCUUCGCUAAAAGUCAUGUGCCCGGGCAGCUCUUUGUGUCCAGCAGCUGUCUAUGUUUCAGGAGCAAACAGGAGGACGUGUGCCAGCUCAUCAUCCCACUCCGAGAGGUAACUGUGGUGGAGAAGGCCGACUCCUCCCCUGUUCUGCCCAGCCCCGUCUCCAUCAGCACCAAGAACAAGAUGAACUUCCUGUUUGCUAACCUCAAAGAUCGGGACUUCUUAGUGCAGCGGAUCUCAGACUUCCUGCAAAGGACCCCCGACAGUCCUCCCAUUGGCCCUAUGUUGACGACAGUGAGUCUCGACGGAGAGAAUAAGAGCUGCCAGUUCCACCAAGAUCUGCCCACAGCCAAAUACAGCUUACUGCAGCUAUACCACCAGGAGCAGCAGGCUCUGAACCAGGACCAGGACAAGCGGGCUCUGAUCCAGGACCAAGAGAAGCAGGUUCUGAACCAGGACCAGGACAAGCGGGCUCUGAUCCAGGACCAAGAGAAGCAGGUUCUGAACCAGGACCAGGACAAGCGGGCUCUGAUCCAGGACCAAGAGAAGCAGGCUCUGAACCAGGACCAAGACUGGGACCAGGACUGCGACUCUGAGAACCCAGAGGGGAGUCUCAGCCAGGGACCAAAGGAGAAGAGGCUGCACCUGAAGGAGGAGGCGUGGCGGCUCCACUUCUCGGAGUUCGGUCGUGGGGUCUGUAUGUACCGGACCUCCAGAACCCGCGACCUGGUCCUCAAAGGCAUCCCAGACUCUCUCAGGGCUGAGCUGUGGCUGCUCUUCUCAGGGGCCCAGGUCCAGAUGGAGGUUCAUCCUGGGCUCUACUCGGACCUGUUGGACCAGGCCUUAGACCAGGACUCUCUGGCCAAGGACGAGAUUGAGAGGGACCUGCACAGAUCCAUGCCUGAACACAAGGCUUUCCAGAACCCGACCGGGAUCUCCGCCUUGAGGAGGGUCCUGACUGCCUACGCCCAACGUAACCCUGCAAUAGGCUACUGCCAGGCGAUGAACAUAGUGACGUCAGUGCUGCUCUUGUACUGUCCGGAGGAGCAGGCCUUCUGGCUCCUGGUGGCUCUGUGUGAGCGACUGCUGCCAGACUACUACAACACUAGAGUCACAGGUGCUCUGGUGGACCAAGGGGUGUUUGAGGAGCUGACGCAGGCACAGCUACCGGCUCUGUAUGGGCACAUGCAGAGCCUCGGCGUCUUGUCUUCCAUCUCCCUGUCCUGGUUUCUCACCCUGUUCCUGUCGGCUCUUCCCUUCCACAGCGCCACAGUGCUCAUAGACGCCUUUUUCUGCGAUGGCAUCACCGUCAUCUUCCAGGUGGCACUGUCUGUUCUCUAUGACAACAUGGAAGCUCUGUUAGCCUGUAACGAUGAAGGAGAGGCCAUGACAGUUCUGGGCAGGUACCUGGAGAACGUGAUGAACCCAGAGGUGGAGGAGCACAUCCCAGUUCUGCACUCGGCCGUCUCCUCCGAGGAUCCUCCCUGUCCUCAGAUAGAUGUCUUCACUCUCAUCAAAGAGUCUUACCAGAGGUUCGGAGGUCUUCGUGCAGACGUGAUCGAGCAGAUGAGGUUCAAACAGAGACUGAAGGUGAUCCAGAGCUUGGAGGACACGGCUCAGAGGAGUGUGGUGCGCGCGGUGAUGACGGAGUCGGCUUUUACCAUUGAAGAACUUGAGGAGCUCUACUGCCUCUUUAAGUCCAAACACAUGAGCAGCUGUUACUGGGGUCCAGGUCCUGGUCCAGGUUCUGCGGGUCCUGACCUGGUGGUGCCAUAUUUGGAGCAACACCGGGUCGACCACGCCCACUUUAGUCAGCUGAUCACAGAGCUGUCUCCAUGGAGAUGGAACAGCCACACCCACAACAUGGCCGCCCGACUCUUCAGACUCCAGGAUCAGAACCAGGAUGGACUUGUCAACUUCAAGGAGUUCAUCUACCCCCUCACUGUAAUGUACCAUGGAGACCUCACAGAGAAACUGAAGCUGCUCUACAAACUGCACCUGCCUCCAGCCUUAGCCCCUGAGGAGGCGGAGUCAGCUCAAGAGGCCGCUCAGUUUUUCACCCCCGACAAUAACAAAGAUGCUUCCUUUCCUUCCACCGAGGACAGGAAAGAGGAUGGGAUUUCAGCAGAAGGGAAAACUGAUGGAGAAAACUCAGAAAAGAAAGAGGAGAAGGUGAAGGACUACCGCUUUUAUCUGCGACAGUGGGCUAAAGAGAACGAGCCGAGGAGGGAGAGCAUCAAAGACCUGCCCCGAAUGAACCAGGAGCAGUUCAUCGAGCUGUGUAAGACCCUGUACUGCAUGUUCUCGGAGGACUCGUGUGAGCAGCAGUUGUACCAUUCCAUCGCCACAGUCGCCUCUCUGCUGCUGCGCAUCGGGGAAGUGGCCAAACGCUUCACAAACCACGCUUCUAAACCCGCAGACUCCGCCUCCGACCCCACAGAGCCCGCCCCUAGCUCCACCUCCCCUCAGGGACGAACCGCGGAUGCCGAUUGGUCCAUCAGUUUUGAGCAGGUGCUGGCCUCUCUGCUCACUGAAACACCGCUCGUGGACUUCUUCGAGAGGAAGGCCCUGCUUCGAGACAAGAUGGCUGCCACGCCAAGGAGCAGGAGGGAGUCAGAGUCCGAGGCGCACAAGUGAACACAAGGCUGUACACCACUACAACUGUCUGCAACUCCAAUGCGGAACAUUCACUGCUACAAGAACUGUCUGCAACUCCAGUCCAGAACAUACACUGCUGUAGGGUUGUUAAGUGAUGAUGUCACUUCUGGGUACAAUCAGCAACUUCACUGCUAAUUUCUAGCUUUGUUUUUGUUCCUUAUUCUUCAAACAAGAGACAGUUACCUUUCAAAAGUGUAUGUUUAACCACAAAUUGUAUUAAAUAUGUAAAUAAUGUAAUAAUCUAGCAUAACAUGGCAUUACCACUGUGAAUAUCUCACUAACUGCUGGUCAACACUAAUGCUAGCUUAGCCUAGCCAGCUUCUUAUCUCAACCUCGCACACACUUUUAACCUCGUUGGCGUUAAACAACUGCAAUCCUUUUUAACGUGCGAUGUUAUGUCCAUUGUUUUCAAUGAGCUGAUGUGCCUUGGACCAGGAAGUGACAUCAAAAUUAAUGACCCUAUAAAAACUAAGCUCAGGAUAGAUCGUCAAACAGCUAAAACUAAUGGUAAAGUCCACUAUCUUUGUUGAGAGCAUUAAAAAUGUCCAUAGAGAUUCAUUGGUCCAAACAAGUAAUUAUUUGAGCCAUGGAACAACCUGAUAAACUGCUGGGUCACUACCAUAGACGUGCACUGAGGGGGAGUGAUGUCACUCACUACAUUCAACUCCAGUUAUAAGUUCCAUAUUUGAUAUUUCGAGUGGGCAAUGAAAGAACCAAUCAGCAGAGAGGUUGCUGAAGGUACGAUCUCUGUCUACCAACCCUGUUGCUAACUUCACUGGGAACCAACCUCUGGGAAAGAAAAAAACCUGAUGAAUCUGUUAUGAAUGUUCAUGUCUUGGGGACAAAAUGGUGAAAUAAAAACCAUAGGGUCAUGUACAGUGGGUUCAUACGAAUGUUUAAAGACCAAAGUAGCAAGGCUCACAGCUUCAGCUACAGAGACAAGUCCAUUUCUCAGUAGAAUGUUUCAGUAGAAAUUGAAUUGGAGCCAGAGUUGACGGAAGCGAAUCGUGCUCAUGCUCACUUCCUAUUUGGAACGUGGCGGCUAGUGAGCUAGCUCUGUUCAUUUACUGUCUAUGGUCACUACCGAUAAAUACAUGAAUCACACCAUAGAGUCAGGACACUUUUGAAUGAAUGGCAAAUUUAAUAUUUAACACCUCACCUUUACAUAAAUGAUUAGCCAGUAACAGUAUUGGACCAGGUGUGACAACACAAUCCUUAUCUCUGUAUUUGAUUUGAGUGGGUUGGACUAGUUAAUAUCAGGUCAACCUUCACUAAUGUUAAGUGUUAAAGUUGCAUUAUAUAACUUUUCUGGUGUAGAGUCUGCCACCUGCUUAUCUCCAUGGAGUUGUUGCCACAGUAUAGCUUUAAGGAGUCAAGUAGCUCCCAGUUUUUAAGAUAUGUAUUUUUUAGCAAUAAAAUAUCUGUAAUUGAAUAAACGCGAGCAAGUUAUAUUACUAUUGAGCUGUUUAGCAUAAGUUGUUUUUAACAUAAAUAUUUUAGCAUUAAAAAAUAAAAAGUGCAUUUAUUACUUAUCUUUCUUUUUAUUUUAUUUUUUAUCAGAGACCAUGUACUAAUGCUUUAAUCUUACAAAAGAAAAGAGGAUUUGUAUCAGAUUUAGCUCCUGCUACUCCAUCUGCAGUCCCUGGUCAUCCCCAUUAUUUGAUGUAUUUCAAUACUAAGGAAUAGACUUGGUGCUUAAUACCAAUUCCAAUACCAUGAUGAUAGUUCCAAACGCUCUUUCUUAACACAAUAAAAUGGGAUUUUCCACAUUUAAUGGCAGUAUUUUCUUUUCUAUUCCCAUGUGGCCUUAUAUCUGUGUAAUCCCUCAGUGGUCCAGGUCCAUAGUGGUCCAUGGGUAUAUACUAGUCUGUGUCUUAUUCUGAUACAGCUCAAGAUCGUUCUAAAGCUGUUCAGGAAAGGUUCAUUUCUUUGUUCAUACUUUGUUCAUACUUUGUUCUCUCAUACUGCUCAAAUGAGUAUCUACUAGACAAUAGUUUUAGUAUGGAUUAGCAUGUUUUUUGACAGUUUUGACAACCCUAUUCACUAGUCCAAUCUACUCAAAUCAAGACUUCAACUCUGGUCUCAAGUAAUUUUAAAACAAUGGGGUGUUUUUUGUUUGUUUUUAGGCAGUACAGAGCUGUGACUGCAAAACUGGCAUUAUGUUAUUGUUUCUGAAAUGUUUUUAUAUCUACAUUCUGAAAAACAUGUACUAAAAGACUUUUUUUUUUUUUUAUUUACCAAGAAAGCAACAUAUGGCACCGGGGAUGUGAUAUUUGUUUAUAGGUUGUUGCCAUGACACCACAACAUUCAAAACUUCCUAUAGUUUAAAGAGCCCAUACUUCACUAUUUUAUGAUCUUUGCUCUAAUGUUGUUUCCUCAUCACAAACAAACCUGGAGUUGUGUUUUGUUUUAUUCACACAUGUUUAACACACAAACAUAUUUUGGCUGAGUUCUUCUCUCAAACAGAAAACACUCUGUUCCACCUUGUGAUGUCAGUCAGUAAUACAGGAAGUGUCACACUGUGUUUUUAAACUCCACACACCUUCACUAGAAUCAUUUGGAUCAUUUCAACCCAGGGAUUUACAAUCUCUACUGAACUAAAGGUAAAAGGUAGUUGUUAACAAACUACCGCUUCAAGACAUCACAGUGUGGAACAUCGCAUUUUGAGCUUUGGAGAUGUAGACAAAGUAAUAAUAAAGGUUUACUCAAAUAGGUGUGAAUAAAACAAAAAAUGGCUUGAAGGUCACAAGAGUCAAUUUUGCACAAUUUAUGGCUUUUUAAAAGAAAGUGCAUAUGAUGUAAGUCACUAAUUUCACUGAAAGGUAAACUUUAUAUUUAUGUCCAUUUUGGUCAUGUUUGUACUUUUACUUCUAAUUCUGUUUUGACAGCAGAUGCGACAUAUGUAGAGGUAAUUCCCUGACACCCCAUGGAUACUGUUGCCGUGGUAUUUGUGGCGGGUUGCUCAUGUUUGUAGGAAGAGCAAACAAUAGUCAGGUGGCAGUUUGUGAAAAAAGUUCAGAAGAAAAAUACAGGAAGUAUUGGUGAGAUCUAGAACAAAAUACUUCUAUAUGUCAACCACACCAAAAAUUCAAGGACAAGAAUUAUAAUUAAUUGUAUUCAUUAUAAUUAUUGUCAAAUAUAGAGCCGUUUUGGCUCGUACAGUUGCUAGGUAACAGUGAUAGGAAUUAGGUGUGAAAUUAUAAACUUGACCAAAAUGAUAUUGAAAAACAUGAAAAACUAGGCAAGAUUUUUUGGAAAAUUCUAAAUUAAAGAGGGGGUAUUAUGCAAAAUCUACCAUGUUAAAACAUUCUUCCCUUAUCAAAAACAUGCCUGAAGAGGUUUUAUAAUUCAUCCAUGCAUGUUUCAGUAACUGAGCGAUCUCUCCCGAGCUGUUUACUACUAGUAUAUUGUAAUUUUUCCUCAGUUUAAUUCUAUUGACAUUUAGAAUCCUCAUAAAUGAUUCUUAAAUAUGUCAAAUUUACUGCAAAAAUUAUUUUUUGUUCAAAUACUUCACCUGUGUAAUGUAUGCUUCACAUUAAAUGGUUUCUGU